UUUUCAUUGUGUGCAUUUUUUGAUCAAGUAUUGUGCCGUCAAAAAAUCAUUUAUCACAAAAAUAAAAUAUUUACAAACAAAUCAUUAUCAUAACAAGCACCUACUAUCAUAGAUUUUCAAUCAGAACGAAUCAAGGGUUCUAAGAUGCAUCUGCAAUUCGGUAAUUUGGCGAAGAUCCGUGGGAUUGUCUACUACAGGCUCAGUCCCCAUGAGCUGAAACCCUUCGCCGGCAUGAUCAGCCACGGCUUUCCUAACCUGGUGCGCCGAUUCAGGGAACAAGUGUUUAGAAUCGCUCCUCCUUUUGUUUUAACCUACAUGCUUGUUGACUGGGCGGAUAAGGAGAAUGAAAGAUUAUCGAGGAAGAACCCCAAGGACUUUGAAAAUGACCAGUGAACCCAUAAAUGAUCAGUAAAAUUCAUAGCUGAUAAUUCGUAGUUUUUAAUUCUUCAUUGAAGGUUUUUUUUUUAACAUAGCAAUUUCAGUGAUACUACAAGUACCAUGAAAAAUUGUUUAUCUACCUAUUGAUUGCUGUAAAAUAAAUUAUAUGAGUGGAAUUAUA